AUGGAGGUUGAGCAGAAAGAGCCAUCAGUGGAACGUGAGGAGCCACCAAAGUCUGAAGUGAAAGAUGAGGAGCUUCCGGAGCCGCAAGGCGAGGAGUGGAUUAGUGAGGAACCUAGUAAGGAGGAGCGGAAGGUUCAGAGCUUCUUCUGUCUGCUAGUCAAUUCUUACUUCGAUGAAGAGGGUGACAUCUACCGUGGCUUGAGGAAUCAUAUGCUUGGAGAGUUCACCAAUGAGCCGAUACCAGACAAUGAACCCACCACUGAGGAAGAAGAAGAGGAUGAAGAUGACGAUGACGAUGAAGCAAAGGAUUAG